AGAAACACUUGUUUUUACCAGUCGACCAAAACAAUCACAGCAGAGAAAUAAAGCACACGUUAUUCACAAGUCCGUCUCUGUGGAGAAGCAAAAUCCAAAAUCACUUAAUCUGAUCUACCUAUAUUGUAAUAAUCUUACAGUUUGUGUGUGUAUAUCUUGAUUACCAGCAAAACCCAACUCUGUUCUUGUCGAAUAAUGAAGCCCAAAAAGCAGCAGCAUCUUGAAUCUUGAAAAAACACACACGAAGAUGCACUCAAAGUAUUUGGUUAAAGUGUCGCCAUUGUUUCCCGCGACUCCAUAUCAUUAUAAUCAUCAGCAUGAUCAAGAUUUGAGAAGAAUAGUAUGUUGUGAUAACAAGAAACCUUCAUCUUCAUCAACAGACAAACACAAGAAGUUUCACUUUAAGCUCCCUGGUGAUAGCACUAAAUGGAAGUUCAGAGAUAUUGAUACCAAAGCAGUACAGUCAACCUUCAACCUAUGGGUGUCAAGGACACAAAAUCUUUUUAGUGAAGUUGCUACUCCCCUGGUAAAAAAUGUUAAUGAUAUAACCCCAAAUAGUGGAGAUGCAUAUGAUACUUUGGACAUCGAGGACAAUUUUAUGGCAGAACAGACUAUUGAUAGCAGAACACCAAAAGGGACGUUAUCCGUAACUGCUAUAACUUCCAUUGAGCAAUUUAGCAGGAUGAACGGAUCGACUGGGAAGAAAAUGCAGAAAAUAUUCCGAGGACUUGUUCCUGAAUCAGUGUACAAUGAUGCUCGUAACUUGGUAGAGUAUUGUUGCUUUAGGUUCUUGUCCAGAGAUGGUUCUGAAAUCCAUCCUUGCCUAAAGCAAACUGCAUUUCAAAGGCUGAUUUUCAUAACUAUGCUCGCGUGGGAGCAGCCUUACAGUGGUCCAAAUGAUUCGCGAGCUAAAGAUUCUGUUAAAGAGUCUUUUCAGAGAAGGUUCAUACAAGAAGAAGCUUUUGUUCGUAUUGCCCCCGCUAUAUCUGGCGUUGCUGAUCGGACUACUGCACAUAACCUUUUCAAAGCGCUUGCUGUUGGCAAAGAGGGUAUUUCAUAUGCUGUUUGGUCUACUUAUAUCAAUGAACUUCUCAAGGUGCAUGAAGGAAGGAAAUCAUUUCAGUUUGAAGCAAGCCCUUGUCUUCCUGGUGAAAGAAUCCUAACUCUUGGUUCCAGCAGGAAACGACCUGUCCUGAAAUGGGAGAAUAACAUGGCCUGGCCUGGCAAGCUCACUCUGACUGAUAAGGCACUCUACUUUGAGGCAGUUGGCUUGGGAAGGCAAAAGGGACCAAUCAGGAUGGAUCUUGCAAAUCACAAAUCACGAGUAGAGAAGGCAAGGGUUGGGCCUCUGGGCUCUGACCUUUUUGAUUCUGCUAUAUCAGUCACUUCUGGUUCGGAGCAGAAGCCAUGGGCUCUUGAAUUUGUUGACUUGGGAGGUGAAAUGAGGCGAGAUGUGUGGCAUGCUCUCAUUAGUGAAGUUAUAUCUUUAUACAAGUUCAUCCAAGAGUUUGGUCCCAAGGAUGGCGAUAGAUCAGUAAAUGAUGUGUAUGGUGCUCAAAAGGGGAAUUCAAAGGCCGCAACUUAUGCAUAUAAUGGUAUCGCUAGGCUUCAGGCUCUUCAGUUUAUGCGGAAGCUUCUAGACGAACCUGCAAAACUUGUUCAGUUCACAUAUCUUCAACACGCACCCCAUGGAGACAUUGUUUACCAAACUCUGGCUGUAAAUUGUUGGGGUGGACCCCUGAUUACUAAAUAUCCAGAAGUUGGUUAUCAAGCAGGUCAAAGAGCGAGCCUCUCUGGUGAGGUAUCAGAAAGUAACAAUCAUGUGUUUGACAUUGAUGGAAGUGUUUAUUUGAGGAAAUGGAUGAGAUCACCUUCUUGGACUUCCAAUGCGUCGGUUGUUUUCUGGAAAAACUCUACAGUUAAGCAUGGAGUAGUAUUGAGUAAAAACCUUGCUGUUGCUGAUAUGACUUUGAUAGAGAAGGCAGUAAAGACAUGCAGAGAGAAAUAUCGAGUGGUUGAGAAAACACAAGCCACUAUUGAUGCUGCAAUGAUUGAAGGGAUACCCAGUAACAUUGACCUGUUUAAGGAACUUGCCCUUCCUUUGACCGUGAUUGCCAAAAAUUUUAACAAACUUAAGCGUUGGGAAGAGCCUUAUUUGACCGCAUCAUUUCUUGCAAUUACGUACACUCUUAUUUUCAGGAACUUGCUAUCAUAUAUAUUCCCCACAGCUUUGAUGAUCUUGGCAGCUGGCAUGUUAUUAUUGAAGGGGCUCAAAGAGCAAGGCCGCCUUGGUAGAUUUUUUGGAAAAGUAACUAUACGUGAUCAGCCACCUUCUAACACUAUACAAAAGAUCAUAGCUCUAAAAGAAGCCAUGCGGGACAUGGAAAAGUUUCUACAGCGCUUAAACGUCUCACUUCUGAAAUUACGUACAAUUGUUCUUGCCGGUCAACCUCAGAUAACGACCGAGAUUGCUCUGUUGCUGCUAUUAGGUUCUACUGUCCUACUCAUCGUCCCAUUCAAAUACAUUCUUUCUUUUCUUAUAUUUGAUCUUUUCACAAGGGAUCUUGAGUUCCGCAGAGAAAUGGUUCUGAAGUUCACGAGCAUGGUAAAGGAGCGGUGGGAUACUGUGCCAGCAGCUCCUGUCAUUGUAUUACCCUAUGUGGAAGACAAGACUGGUUCAGCAAUAAAGGAAAUUGAAUCCACAUCGCAAUCAGAAAGGCAAACAGAAAGAAGUCAGGAUGGUAGCAAGCCUAGAUAAAGUUUGACAUGUACAUUUUCUAAAGCAUCUGGGUUGAAGAUCCUUAAUGCCUUAGUUUGAUCAAGAAUAUAGAAUAUAGUGGAUUGUGUAUGCACUUUUAAGACAGUUAUUAUUUAUAUCAGUAGUGUUUAUUCA